AUGGUUCAAAAACUUUUGACUUGUAGUAUAUAUACAUAUGUAGUAAUGCAGGCUUAGGCUAGUUGUCUCAAUCUAAUUUCUAACGGGAAUUACGCUUACUCAAGUCAUCUCGAUCAAGCGCUGCGACAAUAAAUGUGCGCGGCUCCUUUAAGAAACUAGCGGUUCAGCAGCUCCCGCUUCCGCAACAGACCCUGACCCCAUGUGAACGCACACACACGCACAGCGGCAAUUACAGUCAAUGACGGGAACUCCGCAGGACAAAAGACACUUUCUUUUUCAUUUGAGUCUGACACUUUUACCCAGGACCUUUUCUUACUUAACGUGAAUAUGACUUUUAUUAUUAGAUAACACUGUUUUGGAAUCCAUUCUUAUAACUUGUACUUUAUACAUAAGGGAAUUUUAAUUUUUGGUUGGACUUUAUUAAAGGGAAUCUUCCCGGUGAUGUUGAAACCGACAUUUUACAUACAUGUAUCAGAAAAUAAAUGUCUUAAUGCUGGUAAAUGUGCUGUAAUUCUGUAACCGUCAGUCAUCACAGGAAUUCAUCACCGGUGUAUUUUCGGAACAGCGUCACUCGGUGACAGCGGGACCCGUGCGGAUAGUUUAUCUGUGGAUUUUAAAGGACCCUCCUAAGCCACGUUGAGUGUCUACCAGUUUCAUUUCAUCUAAAAGAUGCUCCAGAAUGGAAAGUCUCAAACGGACAACGCGGAGGCGCCCGAGCCAAAGCCUGAAGCGGAAAGCGAGAAGACAGAACCGAGCGAGAACGCCGCGUCUCAACCGGAGAACGAGUCCACAGACACCGACUCCACUCAGUUCCCACUGCCCGUCUAUCCUAAACUCGAAAUCAAGCGCCAUGCCGUAACAGAUGACUACAAAGUCUCCAGUCAAGUGUUGGGUUUGGGUGUUAACGGCAAAGUAGUGGAGUGCUACAACAAGAAAACCGGACAAAAGUGCGCUCUGAAGAUUCUGUAUGAGUGUCCCAAAGCCCAGAGAGAAGUGGAGCUGCACUGGCGAGUGUCCGGGGGGCCACAUAUAGUUCGGAUCCUCAGCCUCUACGAAAACAUGUAUCGUGGGAAAAAGUGUCUUCUCAUAAUUAUGGAAUGUAUGGAGGGGGGAGAGCUCUUCAGCAGAAUUCAGGCUAGAGGAGACCAGGCCUUCACUGAGCGAGAGGCCUCUGAGAUCAUGAGAGAUAUCGGAACAGCCAUCCAGUAUCUACACAACAUGAACAUUGCACACAGGGACAUCAAGCCAGAGAACCUGCUCUACAACAAAAAGGAAGACACUGGAGUUCUCAAACUUACAGAUUUUGGCUUUGCUAAGGAGACUUCACUGCAUAACCCGUUACAGACGCCCUGUUACACGCCGUAUUAUGUAGCCCCAGAGGUUUUAGGCCCUGAGAAAUAUGACAAAUCAUGUGAUAUGUGGUCUCUGGGUGUGAUCAUGUACAUCCUGUUGUGUGGAUUCCCGCCAUUCUAUUCCAACACGGGACAAGCCAUUUCGCCGGGAAUGAAGCGGCGGAUUCGCAUGGGCCAGUAUGAGUUUCCCAACCCAGAGUGGGCAGAAGUGUCUGAGGAGGCCAAACAGUUGAUUCACCAGCUAUUGAAGACGGACCCUAAUGAAAGAAUGACCAUUGAACAAUUCAUGAACCACCCUUGGAUCAAUCAAUCCAUGGUGGUUCCCCAAACGCCUCUUCACACCACACGAGUGCUGACGGAAGACAGCGAGUUGUGGGACGAGGUCAAGGAAGAGUUAACCAGUGCGUUGGCCACCAUGCGUGUAGAUUAUGAGCAGGUCAAAAUUAAGGACUUGGACGCCUCCAGUAACCCCUUGCUGAACAAGAGACGCAAGAAAGCGGCAACAGGGGAGAAGAGUGGAGGAAGCGGAUGCAGCAGCCAAUGAGGGACUGGGGCUGAAGAACAGACGGAUCAAUGACACGAAGAAAAGUGCAAGAUCAGAUAAACAGAGUCAAGAGCAAGAAUGGAAGCACAGGGAAAUAGACGGGCUCUCCAAAGAUGAACAGAAGAUGGAUGGAUCAAUGGAAAAGACAAGAACAGGAGACAAUUUUGUUGAUAAACAAGAAAAAAAAGGAAUAAUUGAAGUGAACUCACAUGUACACAGAGGAAGUCCUUGUUUCUACCACCAGCAGUGAAGAAGACUUUGAAAAAGCUGCUUUAAAAUCCUUCAGCUGUGUGUGUGUGUUCAUUUAUGUUAUAUGUGUCUUUUUUGUGUACUGAUCUAUUACUUGAUACACACUAUUCACACUAUGUACGUGUGUUUGUAUAAGAUGUGUUUAUGUGUCUUUGUCUCACCGGUCAUAUCACGCAGUUCACUCCAGAGACUCAAAGAAAUAGUUCACCAAAAAAAUAAAAAUAAAUAAAUGUACUGAAAUUGUACUCACCCUUAUGCAAUCCAAGAUGUAGACAGGCUUGUUUCUUCAUCAAGACAGAUUUGGAGUAAUUUAGCAUUACAUCACUUCACACCAAAGGAUCCUCUUCAGUGAAUGGGUGCCGUCAGAAUAAGAUCUGAUAAAAACGUCACAAUAAUCCACAGUUAAUCCAAAAGUAAGACACAAAUCCAUCAUUAAGACAUUUUCAAACUGAUCCUACAUCUCUGAUGGCUUUAAAGUGAGUACAUUUUUAAGAAAUGUUCAUCUUUUGGUGAACUUUUCCUUUAAUUUGAUGUUGUUUUGGGCUUUUGUUAUUGGCCCUUUUUAUUGCAAAUAAAAUUCUUCAGAGGAAUUGCA